GUUUGACACAAGGUCUUCUCUUAUUUUUGAAUGAAAAUAGUGGAUUUUUGCACAGGACAUUGAAGGUUUCUCGGGGGACAUGGGGGAGCAUGUGACUAUACUUUCUUUGUGUCCUUACAAGCUGUUUUUUUUGCAUUUCUACUCUUCGCAUUGACUAACUCAAGCACCGAUGGGCUACAGAAUGCGGAUACAAUCCUUUGGUUGACAUGUUAAUGUGACGGAAAUAAAGCUUCUGGGAUUUCCUUGAUUAAAAGAGAAACGCACCAGGAGAAGCCAUGGGGUGUGGUGUCACAAAAACCAGCGAAUUCAAUAGAAAAUUUGAUAAAGAUGGAAAUGUCAUCCCAGCAGCGAUAACAAUUAAGGCUGCGGUGCUGAUCCAGCGCUGGUACCGACAGUAUGCGGCUCGCAUGGAAAUGAGACGCAGAUACACCUGGAACAUCUUCCAGUCCAUGGAGUACGCAGACCUACAAGACCAGAUCAAAGUAAGAAAUCCAUUCUCCACACUAUUUUUAACGUAAGAACGGGCGCAGCCA